GCGCAACUCUGGCCAAUGCUAAGCCAAGCCUCCAGCGCAACCACGGCCCACCAAAUCCUGCGUAAACCAUUCAUUAAUAUAUAUGCUUUUCCGUGUGCGUGAGUUCGGGGAACUAGCAAGAUUCGCAAAGUGGUGUUCGAGGUCUCACCCGAUUGCCAGUUGAAAAAACAUCUUGGGUCGAAAGUGAACGUAGGCCACGGCGCUCCCUUAUCAGUGGAAAUAGUGCGACGUCACGGCAGACGAGGUGUGAGCGGUUUGUGCUGAUUUGCUGGUGGUUUCAUUCCAAGGACUAGAAGGCCAGAAUGUCUGUAAUACGUAACUUGGCAACCGCCUCCCGACGGCUGUGGGCCACCAGCCUACUCCGACAACCCAGUAGCACCGGUGGAGCGAACCUCGUGCAGUGCCGCUCAAUGCAGCACUAUCCGAUCGACGAGAACCUCUUCGGAUUGACCGAGGAACAACAGCAGCUACGCCAAACAGUGUUCAACUUCGCCCAGAAAGAGCUCGCACCGUUCGCCCAGGAAAUCGAUAAGCAGAAUGAGUUCAAGGAUCUACGCAGCUUCUGGCGCAAGCUGGGCGAUCUCGGUGUGCUGGGUGUGACGGUAAAGCCCGAGUACGGUGGACUCGGAGGAUCGUACCUUGAUCACUGUAUUGUGAACGAAGAAAUUUCGCGUGCUUCCGGCUCGAUCGCGCUGUCCUACGGUGCCCAUUCGAAUCUGUGCGUCAAUCAGAUACACCGUCACGGAACCGAAGAGCAGAAACAACGCUAUCUGCCCAAGCUGUGCAACGGUGAGCACAUCGGGGCGCUGGCCAUGUCGGAGGCCGGUGCGGGCAGUGACGUGGUGUCGAUGAAGCUGCGUGCCGAUAAGCAGGGCGAUUACUACGUACUGAACGGGAGCAAGUUCUGGAUUACGAACGGUCCCGUCGCGGACACGUACGUAAUUUACGCGAAAACGGAUGCCAGCGCUAAGCCACAGCACGGCAUUACGGCGUUCCUCGUGGAGCGGGGAAUGGCCGGAUUCACGCAGGGACCCAAGCUCGACAAACUGGGCAUCCGGGGCAGCCCGACCAGUGAGCUCAUCUUUGAGGAUGUAAAGGUACCGGUCGGGAACGUGCUGGGUGGGCUGAAUAAGGGCGUCUACGUGCUGAUGUCGGGGCUGGAUCUGGAGCGGUUGGUGCUAGCGGCCGGACCAGUCGGUCUCAUGCAGGCCGCCUGUGAUGUGGCGUUCGAGUAUGCGCACGUGCGCAAGCAGUUCAAUACGCGCAUCGGCGAGUUUCAGCUACUGCAGGGCAAAAUGGCCGACAUGUACACGACGAUGAAUGCUUGCCGUGCGUACCUGUACUCCGUGGCCCGUGCUUGCGAUGCGGGCCACGCGAAUCCCAAGGAUUGUGCCGGGGUCAUUUUGUACUGUGCGGAAAAGGCAACGCAGGUUGCACUCGAUGCGAUCCAGAUUCUCGGUGGCAAUGGGUACAUCAACGAUUAUCCCACCGGUCGUAUCAUGCGCGACUGCAAGCUGUACGAGAUUGGUGCCGGAACGUCGGAAAUCCGACGUAUGCUGAUCGGUCGUGCACUGAACAAGGAGUACCAGUAAGGCGGAGGCGGAGAAAUGCCUUGCCAGGUGCCGUGUUCGUAUGUUUUGUCUACAAACUGUGAGCAAAAGUGCAUUUAAUAGGUUUUUAAUGAAGCGCCGUUUUUUAAAAACAAUUUCCGAGGGAAGCAAAACUCUAAACGCCGGUGGUCGCACGGAGUGAUCGUUGCUUUACGCUGCCGUAAGCGUAUGCGUGUGCCAUCGCAUUCUGGCGCAUCGGUUGUAGGUACGGUUUGAAAAGGGAAAUAAAACAUUCCUCUGUGUUAUACGCAA